GGAACGAGUUAAACAAAGGACCUCAGCCAGGCAGCCACAACAGCUGUGUCUGUGUCCGCGUGCCCGGGGCGUGUAUGGGAGUGAUGCUCGCUCUUCUGAGUCACACGCCGCAUCGGUGAAACGUCCCUGCCUGUUUACAUCACCUCGUCCACUCCCUCCUCGCUCGCUGUGCGCGGCUUCGCGUGGUUCCUGGAAGUAAGACAGCGCCGCGGCGAAGCAGGAUAAGCGAGCAGUCGGCGGCGAUCACCUGGCCAAACCUGCCUCAGCCUCUCCGAGAGCAAUACGGCAGCAGCGGGGAAGCUGCAAAGCAGGCCCAGCAGAGCCGGGCAAGCAGCCAACAGCAGCCGGCCAGUUAGCCCGGCAAGUGGCGCCGCCUGACAGGACGCGAUCGAAGCAGACGGCGUCGUCGACCCUCUCUCUCCCGAGUGCGUUACUCCUGGGGGGUGAGGCCGUUCUCCCGGUGACCAGCUGAUUGGGCGGUGGGGCCCAACGCGCACGGCGGUUGGCCGAAGUCGCACCACGUGACACGAGAGCGCGCGCGCCAUUGGGCGUUGGCAGGGGGCGCUAGUGACGUGGCCCCCUAGCAACAGGGGCCAGCCACAGCGCCAGCCGGGGAUAAUGGUGGCCCAGUGCAGCGCAGCCGAAGUGGCCGAGCGUCCAUGUCCGCGCUAGGCCUGGGUCUCUUGUUCGGCGGCGCGGCGGCGGUGGAGCGGGCGGCGGCGGCGUCGGCUGGCGGCCGCGACGUCGAGCGGCGGUUAUGAGUUCCCGGGAGUGCCCCGCGAUGCCCCUGUCGCGGACGCGGUCCCUGAUCGCCAACAUGAACGGCUCGGCGCCCUCGUCGGAGGCCGGCUACAUCGAGAAAAACGCCGCCAACAACAACAACAACUCGUCGGCGCUCGGUGGCGGCGGCGGCAACGGGUCCAGCCUGCUGCUGCCGCCCAUCAAGAGCCAGACCAUCGCGGGCUUCAAGUUCCAGUCGAGCGUGCACAAGCUCUUCGACGUCGACCAGAACGGCGACUCGCCCGACAACAAGGCGGGCGUCGGAGGCGGCGGCGGUGCGGGCAAAACGUUGGUGGCCACGCCGGAGCAGGUGAUGAAGAUGUACAUGCACAAGUUGAGCCCGUUCGAGCAUCACGAGAUCUUCAACUACCCGCAGAUCUACUUCAUCGGUGCCAACGCCAAGAAGCGCCAGGGUACGCCGGGCACGCCGAACAACUGCGGCUACGACGACGACCAGGGUUCGUACCUUCACGUGCCGCACGAUCACAUCGCGUACCGCUUCGAGAUGCUCAAGGUGAUCGGCAAGGGCUCCUUCGGCCAGGUGAUCAAGGCGUACGACCACAAGCAGCACCAGCACGUCGCGCUCAAGAUGGUUCGCAACGAGAAGCGCUUCCACCGGCAGGCGCAGGAGGAGAUCCGCAUCCUGGACUUCCUGCGCCGCCAGGACCGCGACAACACGUUCAACCUGAUCCACAUGCUGGAGCACUUCACCUUCCGCAACCACACGUGCAUCACCUUCGAGCUGCUCUCCAUCAACCUGUACGAGCUGAUCAAGAAGAACAAGUUCCAGGGCUUCUCCCUGCAGCUGGUGCGCAAGUUCGCCCACUCGCUGCUGCAGUGCCUGGACGCGCUGCACCGGAGCCACAUCAUCCACUGCGACCUGAAGCCCGAGAACGUGCUGCUCAAGCAGCAGGGCCGAUCGGGCAUCAAGGUCAUCGACUUCGGCUCCUCGUGCUUCGAGCACCAGCGCGUGUACACGUACAUCCAGUCGCGCUUCUACCGGGCGCCCGAGGUGAUCCUGGGCGCCAAGUACGGCAUGCCCAUCGACAUGUGGAGCCUGGGUUGCAUCCUGGCCGAGCUGCUCACGGGCUACCCCCUGCUGCCGGGCGAGGACGAGGCCGAUCAGCUGGCCUGCAUCAUGGAGCUGCUCGGCCCGCCGCCUCAGAAGCUACUGGACCAGGCCAAGCGGGCCAAGAACUUCAUCAGCUCCAAGGGCUACCCGCGCUACUGCACCGUCACCACGCUACCGGACGGCGCCGUGGUGCUGGGCGCGGGCCGGUCGCGGCGGGGAAAGCUGCGCGGUCCGCCGGGCUCCAAGGACUGGACGACCGCGCUGAAAGGUUGCGACGACCCAUUGUUCGUGGACUUCCUCAAGCGGUGCCUCGAGUGGGACCCCGCGACCCGCAUGACGCCCGCUGCCGCGCUGCGGCACGCCUGGCUACGCCGGCGGCUGCCGCGGACGCCCCAGACCACGGCGUCGGACUCGACGACCCAGCGCUCCUCGGUUUCCUCGUCGAGGUCGGUGAUCGCGUCCAAGGCGACCCGACUGGGAGACGAGCUCGCGAGUACGCUCAAACUGCCGCAGAUUGGCAAUCCCGUGUCGUGAUGGUGAUCCCGUGCUCGCGGAUUCUUUUUUGUUUCUCCCUCCCUCCCCGUCUACGAACCCGUCCCCCUACAUCGUGUUACGUCAAAUUGAGAGACCCAUGGCUCCACCAUUGUGUGUCAAAAAGGAAAGGAAAAAAAAAAAAUGGGGGGCCCGAGUGCAGUGUUGGAUCUCUCCUGGGAGAGCUCGGCUCCAACGGGCCCCCGUGCGCUUCGACAAACUAGUGUGCUGAGCGGUGGGGUUUCUUUUUUUUGCUUUUUCUUCGGGAGCCCAUCGGUUGUGGCCGUUUCGUUUGGUGUCGUCCAAGUGACUCACUCCCGCGGCAGUUGGUGAUAAUGCCCGCGGACGCAGCGGCGUUAAGUAGUUGUACGUCACCUCCUUCGUCCUGGUUCUAUGACGACAGCAGCAGCAGCAGCCACCGAGGCGACCUUUCCCACCCUGCAUCGGAUAUACACUAUCGUGGCGCAUAAAGGACAGCAGCGCGAACGAGACAGCGGCGCACUUCUUGUGUAAAUCGGCAAGUCGAAGCAACAACCCUCCUAAAUAUCCUAACACUCCGCCGGCAGUGAUAUUCCUCUUUUCUCUCCAUUUUCUCAGGUCGAAUGAAUUUAUUUGAUGCACGAUUUGUAAACUCGCCCGUCGAGGCCCGCUCGUUUUGGGGGAACAAACUUGUUUCCCCUGUUGUUGACCGUUAAAGCCGGUUCCGAACGGGCGCAUAAAUUAUUAACGCAUGCCUCAACCAAAA